AUGAAAUUCACAGACUCGCCGGUGAUCGAGCUGUCCGUGCUCGACACGCGCCUCUCAAUCCAGCAGGACAAUGGCUCGAUGCACGUCGGCACCUCCGUCUGGCCCUGCUCCUUGGUCCUUGCCAAGUUCGCCGAGCGCUGGAACCCCUUCAAAUGCGCCGACGGCGACAACCCCUACGCCGGCCUCCUGAACUUCGCUGGCAAGCGCGGGGUUGAGCUCGGUGCCGGCUGUGGGGCCUCCGCCAUGAGUCUCUACGUGCUCGGCCUCCACGACAUCGUCCUUACCGACAUAGCCCCCGUCAUGCCUGCUCUGAAGCACAACCUGAAGCGCAACAAGCCGGCGCUCAAGAAAACCCUAAAGACCGCGCAGCUGUACUGGGGGAACGAGGAGCAGGCGCGGUCGCUCAAGCCUCCGUUCGAUUUCGUGAUCGCGGCGGACGUGGUUUAUCUGGAGGAGACAGUGGCGCCACUGAUCAGGGCGAUGGAGGCGCUGGUGGCAGACGACGGUGUCGUAUUGCUCGGGUACCAGCUGAGGUCGCCGGAGGCCCACGAGCUGUUCUGGGAAAUGUCCGUGGGCGUGUUCGAUGUCGAAAAAAUCCCGCACGAGCAUUUGCAUCCCGAGUACGCGUACGAGGAAACCGAUGUUUAUGUUUUCAGGAAGAAGAAAAGGGAGCAGAGUUGA